AACGUGUCUCCUGUGACAAAUCGUCUAUGGAAAGACUUGCAGCAAAAUUUUGGGGCUAAAGAGGCACAGUUUGUCCGGAGAAACCUUACAGCAUCCGAUACAAAAUUUACAUGGGCCGAGUUAUAUCACGAGAAGCAGUCUCUGACCAGUUCAUUUCCAAGCAACAGUCUCGGCAAAUGGGUGAUGCUUAUGCUGCAGCAAAAUCACGAAAGAGAAGUACCAGAUUGUCGACUGGUGAGGAAGAACAUGUCGACGGAGUAGACGUACAAACAGAAAUUGAAAACAAUAAAUCUAAGAGGCUGGUUGAGUUCUCCAUCGUUGGGCCAUUGAUUCCACCUCAUGGUUUGGUAGAUGAUGUCAGAAACGACCACUCCGUUGUGGUAUGUACGGAUGAGACCAUCCCCGAAGGAUGCAUCUACAAAGUAUCUUUUCACGAAUCUUGCGAUGCUCUCUCUCCAUCCACGGAGGCCGUGACUCAACUUUUACGAGUAUUCAAUCGAAGGGCAACUAACGGUAUCUUUCAAACUAGUUUGCUAACCACUCAUCAAAGCAAGGAUUUAAACAUGUGGUUGAUCCUGUUUAGUGCGCAGAUGUCCCCAAAACCAAACGGUUACAAAAUGAUUAUGAUUUCUGGAAGCAAAUACCAUAUGAUUACGGCGUUCACCCUAGUUUUACGUAAGCUUGCAUGUUCAUGGGCCAUUUCGAAGUGAAGAUAAAUGCUUUUCUUUUUGUAACUUGAACAUAAUGCUUUUGUCACAUUCAUCAUAUCCAAAUAUGCUUUUGUCACAUUCAUCAUAUCCAAAUAUACUUUAUGGCUAAAAGGAUUGUGCUUUUGUCACAUUCUUGAUAUUCCAC